GUAAAAACAAGGCGGUAAUCAGCUGACGGUCCCUGCUCCGCGGCGGGUUGACAGCUGGGGGUGUGCGGACAGCUGGGGACUCGGGACAAGGGGAGUUCUAUAGAAAUCCUGCCAAAGAAGAUGAAGAAAAACAGAGAAAGAUUCUGCAACAGAGAGAGGGAAUUUGUGUAUAAAUUCAAAGUGGGAAGUCAGUGCUUAGAACUGAGGGUGCCUCUCAGAUUUCCUGUUCAAGAGAGUGCCAGUCAUUUACAUGGACGUCUGAUGCUGCUGCACAAUUUACCAUGCUUUAUAGAAAAAGACUUAAAAGAAGCUCUGAGCCAGUUUAUCGAAGAAGAAUCCCUUAGAGAUCAUGACAGAGAUGCUGAAGCAGCCCUGGAAGCUGUGAAGUCAGGUGAAGUGGAUUUACAUCAGCUGGCAAGUACAUGGGCCAAAGCUUAUGCUGAGACCACAUUAGAGCAUGCAAGGCCUGAGGAGCCCAGCUGGGAUGAAGAUUUUGCAGAUGUGUACCAUGACCUAAUCCAUUCUCCUGCCUCUGAAACUCUCCUCAAUUUGGAACACAAUUACUUUGUUAGUAUCUCAGAACUGAUUGGCGAAAGAGAUGUGGAGCUGAAAAAAUUACGAGAGAGACAAGGCAUUGAAAUGGAAAAAGUGAUGCAGGAGUUGGGAAAAUCACUGACAGAUCAAGAUGUAAAUUCACUGGCUGCUCAGCAUUUUGAAUCCCAGCAGGACUUAGAAAAUAAAUGGUCCAAUGAAUUAAAACAAUCAACUGCCAUUCAAAAGCAAGAGUAUCAGGAAUGGGUGAUUAAACUUCAUCACGACCUAAAAAACCCCAACAACAGCUCCCUCAGUGAGGAAAUUAAAGUUCAACCAAAUCAGUUCAGAGAAUCCACUGAAGCAAAUGGCAGGAUUUAUGAGGAACAGAGAAAGUUAGAGGAAAGUUUUACCAUUCACUUAGGAGCCCAGUUGAAGACCAUGCAUAACCUGAGGUUGCUGAGAGCAGAUAUGCUGGAUUUCUGUAAGCACAAGAGGAAUCACCGAAGCGGCGUGAAACUCCACCGUCUCCAGACAGCACUUUCGCUUUACUCCACGGCCCUCUGUGGCCUGGUGUUGCUGGUGGACAAUCGCAUCAAUUCAUAUAGCGGUAUUAAAAGAGAUUUUGCCACAGUUUGCCAAGAAUGCACUGACUUUCAUUUUCCUCGGAUUGAAGAGCAGCUGGAGGUUGUCCAGCAGGUGGUGCUUUAUGCCAGAACCCAGCGCAGGAGCAAGUUGAAAGAAUCACAUGAUUCUGGAAACCGAAAUGGUGGAAGUGAUGAUAAGACUAAGAAUGCAGAUAGAAACUAUUUAAAUAUUUUACCUGAAACUGCAGAAUAUAAAAGCCAGUGGCUAGCGUGGCUACCUAGAAAAUAGAGUGAUUGUGGAAAGCCUGGAUGUUAAGGUUUGAUAAACACUGCUCCAGCAUUCAGUCUAAAAUAUUUGUCUCCCACUCGUGGAACAAAUAUUUAUCGAGUACCUUCUACGUAGCACAUCCUGUUUCUCCACAUGCUAAAGAUAGAGCGUUAAAGAAGAGAGACAAAAUCCCUACGAUCAUGGCCUGUAAACAGUGGUCUCUUUAAAAUAAUCUCAUAAGCAAAUAGCAAAAUAAUUUCGGUGCUGAGAAGAAAAUAAAACAGAACAAUGUGAAAGAGAAUAAGUGAGGGGUGAGGGAGUCCUGUAUCAGUCAGAUGGGUCAGUCAAGGAAGACCUGUGGGAGGAGGUGACCUUCGCUCUGAGACAUGAUUGGCGGAAAGCAGUCAGCUAGACAAGAAUCUUGGGGGAAAGCCUCUCGGGAAGCAGCCCUGGAUCAGGAACAAGCCCUGUGUGUUUGAAGACCUUAAAGAGAGUCUGUGUGGCAAGAGCAGGAAGAGAGGGUGAGACAAGAGGACGGAGUCUGGAUUUUUUCCUAAGUGUCGUGUGAGCCUGUUGGACCAUGUUAAGUGGGAGGGUGAUGUAAUCUGAUUUAUACUUAAAUCCUUUUAGCUGCAAAUGUGGAUGUGGUUUGUAGAUGGGCAAGAAUAGGGGCAGAGAGGUUAAUUCAGAGGCAGAGUACAGAAACCUAGGUGAAGUAGUGGCAGCAUGAGCCAGGGUGAUAGCAAUAAAACUGGAGUGCUCACAUUUGAGGUAUUUGAGGUAAAUAUUUGUUGUAGAUUCACUGAAAGUAAUUGGUGGUGAAUUGGAUUGGGAGGAGGCAUUGAGAGAAGGAAAGUAAUUACGGGCAACUUCUG